AUGGACGAUGGACGACUGACGACGCGUGUCGGCGCGCAGGAUGCGAAUGGCGAGGAAAAACUCGAGCGCGCGUACUCGCCGAGCCUGCGAAGCGGCGAACACGGCGAGGUGGGGUGCCGGGAAGCGAUGGAAGACGCGACGGUGUUGGACGAUAACGUCCCGGUGGAGGGCGCGCGGGACGUCGUGGCGUUUUACGGCGUCUUCGAUGGACACGGUGGACGGGCGGCGGCGGAGUUUUUACGAGAUAAUCUCAUGAAAAAUGUGGUUGAGAAUGAAAAUUUUAUGCGCGAUCCAGAGCUGGCGCUGAAGGAGGCGUUUUUGAGGACGGAUGAGGAUUUCUACGACAAGUCGGGACCGGGCGAGACGAGCGGGAGCACGGGGUUAGCGGCGUGCGUCAUUGGAGGUAAGUUAUAUAUCGCCAAUGCCGGGGACUGUCGCGCGGUUUUGAGCCGGAAAGGUAAGGCGAUCGAUUUGUCCAUCGAUCAAAAACCGAGUUCAGUGGGUGAGAUGGAACGCAUCAAGAACGCGGGCGGUUUCGUGGAGGAUGGGUACGUGAACGGGUUGCUUGGCGUCUCGCGAGCGUUCGGGGAUUGGCACAUCGAGGGUCUCAAAGGACGUGGGGGCAAAGCUGGACCUGUGACCGUCGAUCCAGAGAUAGAAAAGACACGCUUGACAGAGGACGACGAGUUCUUGAUCCUCGCGUGUGAUGGUUUGUGGGACGUGUUUAGCUCACAAAACGCCGUCGACGUCGCGCGGGCAAGCCUGCGUCAACACAACGAUCCGACGAUUACAGCGAAAGAGCUCGCGGCAGAAGCUUUGAGGAGAGACAGUUCGGAUAAUAUUUCGGUAGUAUGCGUGUGUUUGACCCCUGAAGCGCCGAAAAAGGAGACAUUUAUUCGCACUUCUCCGAGCUUGUUGCGUUCGCUCUCGGUCGAAGCAAUGUCUAUCUUCCCGAAGCGUUCGCGCCAAAACGCGUGCAAAGCAUUCGGAACUUUGCAGGUCACGGACGAACUGGAUCCGAUUCCGAUUCCAUAG